GUGCAAAUGUUGAUUUGACUACUGAUGCUGGCCGAACUGCUCUUCACUAUGCUGCUAGUAAAGGAAGGCUUAACAUUGCUGAAACGUUGAUAGCUCAUCGUGCAAAUGUCAACAAGAAAGAUAAGUUUGGCUGCACACCCCUGCAUAGAGCUGCGAGUACUGGAAAUGCUGAGCUGUGUGAAUACCUGCUUGAAGAAGGCGCAGAUAUUGAUGCAGUUGACAAGCUAGGACAAUCACCUCUAAUGCAUGCCGUCAUAUGCGAGGACAGAGGGGUUGCCCUUCUGCUGAUCAGACAUGGUGCCGAUGUUGACAUUGAAGACAAGGAGGGCUACACUGUCCUUGGCCGGGCCUCUGAUAGCUUCAGGCCUGCACUGAUUGAUGCAGCCAAGGCAAUGCUCGAAGGCUGAGGAUGUUUUGCUGCCCUAAGGUAAAAGAUAGAUGGGAGAACAUCUGGAACAGAAAAACCGUCGUUGUGUACCUCGUGAUAUAAGUAUGAGCUGUUUCCCUCCAAAAUCAGAUUGACCAGCCAGACUUUUUGUUCGUGGUUAAUGAUUCUCGUGUUGACUUGGAUGUUCUGCCUUUGCGUUUUCUUCAGAUGACUUACUGAUGACUGUGAUAGUUCAGGGCAAAAAUGAAAACUUGGUUCUCUUCUGCCAACUGAACUUCUUAGGCAGUGUUAAAAGGAUGCGAAUUAUAUGUAUUAUGCGACACCUGCAUUCAGUAGAUGUGAACUUGGUCUGUA